AUGACACAAGAGGUGAACUAUUGCAUUUUGAAAAGUGACAAUUUGCAAGACAAUAGACAAUCUCGAUUAUCACCACCAGACGAGCACAGUGAGGAGGCGCAUGUGAAGACUCCAGUGAGGCGCUACACAUUGACGACUGUGGAGAGCCCUCAGACCGAGUCGACGACGUUCCGAAGCAUUUCCGCGCCGGUGCUCGCCUCGCUGCUCCGCGAUCGUUCUCGUGGACUCCAACUAAUAAUUUUCGAUUGCCGCUACCCGUUUGAAUAUUUUGGCGGGCAUAUUAAGGGCGCUAUCAACAUCUACUCGCUCGAUGAGUUGGAGAAGUACCUGUUCGACGAGUUCGGUGUGAGAAGUACGAUGGGCGGUCUCCUACCGAUUUUCUAUUGUGAAUAUAGUCAAGUUCGCGGGCCGGCGAUGGCGCGACGUCUUCGAAAAAUCGAUAUGCAUCGGAAUCAUCAUCGCGCGUCGUCGUUGGAUUUCCCGGAGAUUUAUUUGCUGGAUAGAGGAUACUUCAAUUUCUGGUCGGAUCAGAUGUUGAGGGACCUUUGCGAACCCCGCUACUACAUCUCAAUGCACGCCCGUCCGUACAAACACGCUCUCCGUCAAUACACGCAACACCACCGCUCGAAAAGUAUCUCCAAUGAGCACAAGAAGAAGAACCAUUUGAGAGUGUUCAGUGAGGAGCAUCUUCUGGAAGAGGAGCCACCCGUUGUCGAAGAGCUCAUUGAGGAAACUCCAUCACGACGUGCAACAACGCCACGGACUCGUUUGCUAUUCGAGUAG